CGAUAUUGGGUCACGUGGUUGUGAGUCAGCAGCAUGGAGGUAGAAGUUGUCAUUUCUAAAUACGGCAGCUGAUGUUUUAAGUCAUUUUGCGUUACAGUAUAGUAAUAACCUUUGGGGUGGUUUAUAGUAAGCUGUGGGAUAGCGGAGCAGCGAUGGAGUGGUUCGGUAGUGCAACUACAAUAUUCUCGGAAGAAGGUAGCAGUGUCUCAGGAUCAAAAAGCCCCCCGAGUUCGCUAGUGCAACAGCAGCAGCCGGCAGCGGAGAGAAUGGCGUCCCUGUGCCAGAGCCAGCAGCAGCGCGUGAAGGCGUCCAUCGUGUCCGGCUGGCAGCUGGCCGAGGCGCAGAAUCAGCUGUGCGGCCUGGAGCUGCACGGCUCCGAGUCCCUGGAGCAGGAGCGCGCGCGCGUGCUCGCCAGCUCCGCCGAGCUUUCGCUGACCGAGUGCGAGUGGCGCCGCAAGGAACGCAUGCUGGAGAGCCCCGACCAGCGCACGAGCCCCGUCCUCCACCCCGACUGCAGCAGAGACGUCUUCAACAAGAGCAUUAUCAAUGUUCAGAGCAGAAGCAUGGAAGCGGAGCAUGACAAGAGUAAAACCUUUGUUCAGAAAUAUGAGCAGGAGUUGAGGCAUUUUGGUAUGUUGCGACGCUGGGACGACAGCCAGCGCUUCCUCUCCGAUCGGCCCUACCUGAUCUGCGAGGAGACGUCAAACUACCUGAUCCUGUGGUGCUUCCGUCUGCAGGCCGAGGAGAAAGAAGCUCUGAUGGAGCAGGUUGCCCACCAAGCUGUCGUCAUGCAGUUUAUCCUGGAGAUGGCCAGCAGCUCCCAGCAGGACCCAAGAGGCUGCUUCCGACAGUUCUUCCAGAAGGCCAGGACGAGACAGGACGGAUAUUUGGACGUCUUCCACGCAGAGCUGGAAGCCUUCAAGCAGAGGGUGAAGGACUACACGGUGAAGUGCAAAGGGGAGACCCCCAACAACACGGAGCCCCGCCGCUGUCUGGACCCCACAGAAGUCCUGGAGUCCUUACCCCCCGAGCUAAGGAGAGGCUUCCAAUUACAGAACAUGCAGAUCCUACAGACCGUUCUCAGCACGAUGAACCCACAGGUGGCAGAAUAUCAUGUAAAGCGCUGCCUGGAUGCUGGACUGUGGAGCAACACAACGCGAGGGCUAAAAGAGGACGCCAUGGAAACGGACGAGAGCAGAUUAAUGGAAACCUCAUAGCAACUCCGUCUUUCAGAUAGGAAACUGAAACGGGCAGCGGACGACCCACACAGACUAUUUUUGUACGCAGGUUCCGCGCCUGAAUGUGUGCUGCACUUUAUAUUUGUUCUUUAAAGUAUUUAAAAAGAAAAAAGAACAUGGUAUCGUGGAGCUUUCGUUUUUGCCGAAAUUUGUUUCUGAUCAUGGAUUUGGGGUAGUAGAUUCGGCCUGUUGCAUCCCGAAAAAGUUAUCUUGGAUUCCAGGUGGCUGGGAGGAGAUGCUUGUUUCUGCUUUCAUCUCAUAACUUUAGGACGUUGAAGGGAACUAGCUUGCUAAUUAAGUCUUAGCCUCACACAAGCUUGGCACAGAUGCCAAAUCCCCUUGUUGGAGAAAAAUCAAUAAAGUAUUUGUUGUUUGUUGGUUUUUUUUUAUUAAACCGCAGGUUGUUAUUUUCACGAACAUUUGUUUAAGGUGAUCACUAUUCUGAAAGUGGCUUGUACCAGUGGCCUUGACCUCUGUUGUACACUAAAUGUAGUAUUCCAGAGAAAACUGCUGAUUUAUCCCCUGGCGGAGCACACGUGUCCAAAGACAAUAAAACCAAUUAUGGCUGGCUAAGGUUAGUGCUGCAUCACAGGAGUGGGCGAGACUGAAUAGACUACUUUGAGAUGCCAGAUCGACAAAGUAAUAAUUUACUUUGGCAUCAGGUUUAUUAGGUGUACUCAGAAGUGCUCUUAGCCCUGUGUCAUAUUUAACCUAUGCAAAGUAUUUGGCAUAUAAAAAUUAGCUUGUAGAAGAGAUAUUUUAGAUAUUUCUUAUUUUAUGUGUUGAGGCUGUAGAUAUUGAGGUUCUUUUCAAAAUGUCAAAAAGGAUGUAAUGUUAAAGGAUCAUCACAUUUUUAUUAUGAAUGUGCUUUGUCACUUUUUGCUAAAAAAAACAAAUUGCAUGUUGAGGUCAAUCAGUAACCAAUAAAACUGAUGUCAUGGAAGUAUUCUGAUUUACGGUUAUAGCAAUUAAAAUGGCUCUUCUAGCA